AUGGGAAUAAAAGGAGUAGUUUUAAUAGGAGGACCUUAUAAAAGUAAUUAGUUAGCACCCUUUACUAGCAGUUAGCCCGCUCCAUUAUUUCCAAUUGCAGGAGUAGAAUUGAUAUAUCACCAUAUUUUUGCAUUGUCUUAACUUAAAUCGAUCACACAUAUUUACCUGAUUGGACUGUAUACCUAAAAUUAAAUUUAGUAGUUUAUCUUAAAAUGCAGAGCAGAAUACAAAAAUAUAUCAUUUGAAUAUCUUUAUGAAGAAGAAGAAAAAGGUACAGCAGGCAGUCUUUAUUAAUUUAAAAACAAUUUAUUUUGCAAAGAAACAGAAAGUGUCAUUCUAAUAAAUGGAGAUAUUGCACAUAAUAUAAACCUUUAAGAUUUCGUUGAUUUUCAUAAAUCCCUGAAAAACUCUGCAUGCACAAUCGGAGCUAAACAAAAAGAAGAGCAUGAAGACCUAUAAAAAUAUGGCUGUAUUAUUAAAAAUGAAUAAACUAAAUAGCUUGUUCAUUAUGUAGAAAAACCAGAUAAUUAUGUCUCUGAGUUUCUUAUAAAUACUGGAAUUUAUAUACUUUCCCCUCUUUUUAGUUAGAUAUUAGAUUAUUCUAAGUAAAUUAGAAAUAGCUCUCUUUUAUAAAUGUAUCCUGAGCAUCUCUUAUAAAAGCUACACUCUCCUUUAUAAAACAAUAAGUGGCUUAGCUUAGAAAGUGAUGUAAUUUCAACUAAUAUUACAAGUGGAUAAAUAUAUGUCUAUGAAAUUCCUUAGCAAAAGAACUUCUUUUGGACACAAGUUAAAUCUCCUAUAGAUGUACUUAGGGCUUAAAAGUUUUUAUUAAAUACAUUGAACGUAAACUGCUAAAUUUGGAAUAAAAGUUAUCAUUAAAACUGGGAACAUAGAUAAGAAAGUGUCUUAAUUGAUACUUUAUCAUCAAUAGAUUAAUCUGCUGAUAUAGGCCCUAAUGUAGUUAUAUGUACAGGAGUUACAAUCGGAAAAGGUGUUAGAAUAAAAAACUCUAUUAUUUUAGAGGGUUCAAUCAUAAAAGUAAUUAUCUAAAAUUUUAAUAUAUUCUAAAGAUUUAAAUAUUAUAGGAUCACAGUUUUAUAAGCGACAGUAUUAUAGGAUGGCAUAGUGAAUUAGGGUAUUGGAGCAGAGUAGAAGGCACUCCUGAUGAAAAAGUUACUAUAUUAGGAUGUGGUGUUAAGGUAGGUAAUGAAGUUUCAAUAAGAAACUGUGUUGUUUUAAAAUAAUAGUAUUUAUCUAGAAAUUAUAAUGAUUAAUAUAUUAUUUGCUGAAAAAACUAUUAAUGAAUGUGCUAAGAAUAAAUAAUAAGGAUUUAAAUAGAUUCCAUUGAACAAUUUUUUUUUGAUAAAAACAAGAGAAAAUAGAAAUUAAUUGUACAUAAUCUUAAUAAAAUAUAUCUUAACCUAUUUAAAUAAUAAUAAAAUGCAAUAAAACUUACUAUAAUUUAUAUCAUAUUAAUAUUUACAGUAAUUAAUUAAUUAAAUUUAAAUUAAUUUUCUAAAUUUUGAAUUCAUCAAAUACAAAAGAAAACUUUUGUUACUUUUAUAUGAAAUUCACUUUUUUUUGUAUUAUUUUUGUAAGAUGUUAAUUUAAAGUAAUAAUAAUAAAAAUAUUAAAUUAAAAAAAUUAAUUGUAUCCUAUACAAUAAUAACCCACUAAAAAUUAUAUUUUUAGUUUUGA